AUGGCUCUCUGCUACUCUUGCGAAAGGCUUCAUUUCCCAAUAGUAAGAGAAGGCCAAGCCACUGAAGGACUGACCCUGUUCAGAAGUGUGGCCCGGCUUAGGGCAUCCGCAAAGACAUGCAAGUUGUGCACACUCUUCCUGGAUGCCAUAUCCAGUAUCAGGCUCAAGGGUAUUCGGAAUGGUGAGGUGAAAUUCUUUUCAGAAGCGCCAAAUGCGCAAGGCGACCCGGUGGGCAUGUCUCGAGUGUUUCUUCGUGUUGGACACCAAGUUGGCCGUUAUAUCAGCGUUUUCACCCAAGAUAGUCCUGCCGCCAAUGCCGGAAUUGCCACUGGAAGACCAUUAUCCAAGGGUUAUGACUUCAAGCUCUACAAGCAAUGGUUAUCAGCAUGCAGCCUUGAUCAUAAAUGCGGUGGUACGUUGGGCAGUUUAGAAGAUCUACCGACCAGAUUCAUUAAAAUCAGUGAGGGCGGCACAGUCCCACAGAUACGUCUGGUCUCGUCUGCUGAUAUCUCAAGCCGUUAUGCUGCGUUGAGCUACUGCUGGGGCGGCAACUUCACGGGCGUCAAGACAACAGCAGCAGUCCUACAAGAGCACUACAACCGAAUUGAGUUUUCUCGCCUUCCAAAGACUAUAAUGGAUGCAAUUGAGAUCACCAAGUUACUGGAUAUUGAGUAUCUCUGGGUGGAUAGCCUUUGUAUCACCCAAGACGACACGGAAGACUGGGCUGCUGAGUCCAAAAAAAUGGCAGGGCUCUAUCGCUCGGCAGCAGUUACCAUUGUCGCAGCGUCCGCAGGGACCGCUAAUCAAGGUUGCCUAUUUCCGGCAAGGGUCGCUCCGGAUUUCGUUGAGGUGCCCAUCACUAUCUCAGCAACGGGGGAUCUCUCAAUGGUGACUUUCGCAAAUUACCGUGGCUCAAUUGCCAAUGAUUUUCUCGAAAGUCCAUGGAAUAAGAGAGCAUGGUGUCUUCAGGAGUAUGUACUGUCUCCCCGUCUCCUGUACUUCUUUGAAGAUCGCGUCGUGUGGCAAUGUCAGGAGAUGUUGUCAGCAGAUGAUUACGUGGAACUUCGACGAGACAAAACUGGCAGCACAGUAGUGCCGCGGCACUUUUCCUUGCACCACCCGAGAGAUCCGGAAUCAUGGUUUAUUCUCGUGGAGGAAUACUCGGGAAGACACCUGGCAAAAUCUGAUGACAAACUUAUCGCCGUGGCCGCUUUGGCAACACAUUUCAGUCCUUACCUAGAGAGUGAAUAUCUGUCUGGAAUUUGGUGCAGAGAGAUGCAUAAAGGAUUGCUCUGGCUGUCGAUAGACAGCAAAAUGCAGACGCCACCGCGAGUUCGGGCCCCCUCGUGGUCUUGGGCAGCUUUGGAUGGACCCAUUAAUGUCUUCGCGGGUAGUCCUGGAAUCCACAAUUCAUAG